CCGGGUGACAUUGAGUGCGCUGGCGCCACCGCACAGCGCGAGGUUCGGUGCGGACGGCGGAGGAGCAGGCGGCCAUGGGCAGCUGGCGUGGCCUGCGACUGGCGGCGGGAAAUUGUUUCCAGUUAUAUGAACGAAAUGCUUCCUCUGCUAUAAGGUUUACCAGAAACUCUGAACUCAAGGGGUUCAAUGGAUUUUGCACCAAACCACAGGAAAGUCCCAAAGCUACAACCAACAUGUACAGCCACAGAGUGCCAUUACACAAACCCACGGAUUGGGAGAAGAAGAUCCUAAUAUGGUCAGGUCGCUUCAAAAAGGCAGAUGAAAUCCCAGAGACUAUCUCGUUUGAGAUGCUUGACGCUGCAAAGAACAAAGUCCGCGUGAAGGUCAGCUAUCUAAUGAUUGCGCUGACAGUGGCAGGAUGCAUCGCGAUGGUUAUUGAGGGCAAGAAGGCUGUCAAAAGAAAUGAGUCUUUAACAAGGUUGAACUUGGAAAAGAAAGCUCGUCUGAGAGAGGAAGCAGCAGCUAUAAAGGACAAAGCAGAGUAGCAGAAGUGUCUGUGUUGGCUGGAUUUGAAAAUCCAGGGAUAAUGUUACAGCAACAAGCCUGUAUUAAAAAAAGAGGGUGUGGUACAAGGA